AAAUUCACUUUUCGGAUCCGUGAUCGAAAGUUCGGAAAGAUACUUUUAAAAUGAAUCAUAUUGAUCAAGAUCGAUACACCAAAUCAAUAUCAGAAGAGGCACGUGUGGUCCAUACCCAUUUAAAACUGAAAGUGGAUUUUGAUCGAAAAGUUCUUAAAGGAAAAGCAACUUUGACUAUAGAAAGACAACCUUUUAUUGAUAAAAUAAUUUUAGAUAAUUAUGAUCUUAAGAUAAUGGAAGUUACGAAUCAUGCUACUGGUGUGCCUUUACGUUAUGACACUGGACUUAAUUAUUUUUGUGGAAGACCAUUUACCAUAUCUUUACCAAGAGAUCAAGAGAAUAACGGAAAAUGUAUGAUUCAAAUUAAAUAUGAAACAAGUCCAAGCUCCCCUGCAUUAAAUUGGCUAACGCCUGAGCAAACCGCCGAUGGUACACAACCGUUCCUAAUGUCGAAUAGCCAGUAUAUACAUGCAAAAGCUAUGUUUCCAUGCCAGGACACCCCAUCUGUCAAAUUUACGUAUACUGCUGAGAUUUCAGUACGAAAGAAUUUCACAGUUAUAAUGUCUGCAGUGUUGAGUAGCACACACGAAGCUCAGCACAAACGUGUAUAUAAAUUCACUCAAACAAUACCAAUACCGUCUUAUGCGGUGGUUAUUGCUGUGGGUUCACUAGAGAAAGCAAAUCUUAGUCCAAGAAGCAGUGUGUUUGCCGAAAGCAAACUUAGUGCCGUAAGUAUCAAGACGUUUAAGAAGAUUGAAUGUAUCUUGCAGGCUGCGGAAGACUUGUGUGGAACUUAUUUCGGGGGUACAUACGAUAUAUGCAUACUUCCACCGAGUAUCGGCCAUUUUGAAAUAGAAUGUCCAUGUGUGGCAUUUAUUUCGCCGAUUCUACUUGGCGCAGAUAUGACUUUAGUCAGUUCACUCGCACGGAACAUCGCUCACAAUUGGGCAGGAAUUUUAGUUACAUGUGCACAUUAUAAUGAUCUUUGGUUGCAUAAGAGUUUCAGUAUACUUAUUUACAGAAGAAUUCUACAGAGAAUGAUGUUUAGUAAAGAAAUAAAAGAAUUUUUCCGAAACAAUAUGUAUCCCGAAUACGAAAGACAAAUUGAAACAGUCGAAAUAAAGAACGGCUCGUUACAAAGCAAACCACCAAAAUUUGAGAAGUCUAUGUUUUCAUCGCCACAAUGGAUUGUCAGUAUCUAUACGCUUUACGAAAUGGGAUGUAUUGUCAUGGAACAAUUAGAGAAAUAUAUAGGAGGACCUAUGAUGUUGGACCGGUUUCUUAAAUCUUAUUUUGACAAAUUUGCAUUUAAAAGUAUAAAGACUGAUGAUUGGAAGGAACACUUGUAUAGUUUCUUUCCUGAAAAAGUGAAGGAGUUGGAGAUUUUUUUUACAACAAAAUUCUAUAAGCCGCUCGUCAUUUCGGUUCUAACACCGAUUGAAAUCGUAUGUAUCGAGUUAGCAGAUGAAUGGGAGAAUUGGAAUGAUAUCGAUAUCGAUAUACCUCGUAAAUUCAUCCUAGAUGUAAAGAAAUUUUCUGAUCUUCAGAAAAUAAUAUUUUUAAACUGUUUACAUAAAUCGAAACUGACUGCGGCCAAGCUAGAUAUAAUGCAAAAUCUUUAUGAUUUUCAUGUCCGUAAUUAUGAAAUACGGUUCCAUUGGAUACGUUUGUGUAUAAAAAAUCGAUGGAAACCUAUAGUUAAUACCGCCUUGAAUUUCGCCAUUCGCUUUGGUAUGCCGAAGUAUGCGUGUUCUAUAUUUGAAGAUAUGUACGAAUGGAAAGAAAUGGGUCUAAUAACGACCAAAGCAUAUAAACGCAACGAGAAAAAGUUCUUUCAUGAAACACAGAAACGAAUAAGAUCAAUUCUACACCUAAAUUGACGCGCAUUAACAACUGAAUCAACUUUCCUUUUUAUAAAGUCUAAAGACUGUAAACGAGUUGGUGCGCAACAGGAUAUGAUGACAAUUCUUAUUGGGUCGUUAAAAAUUUUUUUGUAAAAAGAAAAAAAAUAUUAAUUAAAUAGAAUAUUCUUAAGCAUACGAACUAGAUUCUUUCGAUGUAUAUAGAAUAUUUACAUAUCUCUGCAUGAACUUUUCGUUAAAUUUUUUCUCAUAAUAAAGUGAAGUAGUUGCUUCAACUGGAACAUCAGCAAUCAAUUGGUAUAAUAAAGAUCAAAUUGUAAAUAUGCGAGUACGUAAUAAA